AUGGCAGAGGUGGAGGAGAUGGUGAAUUUCAGGAGGAGGUGUUGGUGGUGGUUGUGUGGUGUAGAUGGUGGUGGAGCGGCAUUUUUGGUUGUGCGGUGGUGGUACAUGUAUCCUUAUUUGGAGGAGGAGGUGGUCGAGGUGUGGUGUGGUGUGUUGGAGGUGGUAGUUGAUUUGACGAUGAGGAACAGCUGCAACAAGGGACUGAAACUUGGGGAGCUUCAGAUUGACAUCUGGGGGGCAACCUCCGCAAGGUACCCAUCAAUUAGCUUGGCUAUCGUGAUCGGUGUCAGUGAUGGUAAUCUCAGCAGUUGGGCGUCAUCAACUGAACCUGGGGAUGCACCGCCAACCACAUGA